GUUCAUAUUGCCAAACAAAGUUUUGUGCUCGUUGUGGAGGUCGAGUGUCAUUACGCUCAAACAAGGUUAUGUGGGUAUGUAAUUUGUGCCGAAAACAACAAGAAAUCCUCACUAAAUCAGGAGCAUGGUUUUAUAAUAGUGGAUCUAAUACACCACAUCAACCUGAUCAAAAGGUUCCUCAAGGACUGAGAAAUGAGGAGGCGCCUCAAGAGAAGAAAGCAAAACUACAUGAGCAGGCCCAGUUCCAAGGACACUCAGGUGACUUAUCUGUACCGGCAGUGGAGAAAAGUCGAUCUCAUGGGCUCACAAGACAGGAUUCUAUUAAAAAUGGGUCAGGAGUGAAGCACCCAAUUUCCAGUGACAUAGCUUCAGACAGGAAAAGAAGUCCAUCAGUGUCCAGAGAUCAGAACAGACGAUACGACCAAAGGGAAGAGAGAGAGGAAUAUUCACAGUAUGCCACUUCGGAUAGCGCAAUGCCUCGAUCUCCAUCAGAUUAUGCUGAUAGGCGCUCUCAACGAGAACCUCAGUUUUAUGAAGAAUCUGAUGAUUUAAACUAUAGGGACUCCAACAGGAGAAGUCAUAGGCAUUCCAGAGAAUAUGUUGUAGAUGCCGGGGAUGUGGAGAGCAGAGAUGAAUAUGAAAGACAAAGGAGAGAGGAGGAGUACCAAGCACGCUACCGAAGUGAUCCGAAUUUGGCCCGUUAUCCGGUAAAGCCACAACCCUAUGAAGAACAAAUGCGUAUCCAUGCCGAAGUGUCCCGAGCGCGGCAUGAGAGAAGGCAUAGUGAUGUUUCUUUGGCAAAUGCUGAACUGGAAGAUUCCAGAAUUUCUAUGAUAAGGAUGGACCGACCAUCAAGGCAAAGAUCUAUAUCUGAACGUAGAGCUGUCCUGGAAAAUCAGCGAUCUUAUUCGAUGGAACGAACUCGAGAGGCUCAGGGACAAAGUUGUUAUCCACAAAGGACCACAAACCAUAGUCCUCCCACUCCCCGAAGGAGUCCAAUACCCAUCGAUAGGCCAGACAUGAGGCGAGCUGACUCACUAAGGAAACAACAUCACUUAGAUCCCAGCUCUGCUGUAAGGAAAACAAAACGGGAAAAAAUGGAAACGAUGUUAAGGAAUGAUUCACUCAGUUCAGACCAGUCAGAAUCAGUGAGACCACCACCACCGAAGCCUCAUAAAUCAAAGAAGGGAGGAAAAAUGCGCCAGGUUUCAUUGAGCAGUUCAGAGGAGGAACUGGCUUCCACACCUGAAUAUACAAGUUGUGAUGAUGUUGAGAUUGAAAGUGAGAGUGUAAGUGAAAAAGGAGACAUGGAUUACAACUGGUUGGAUCAUACGUCUUGGCAUAGCAGUGAGGCAUCCCCAAUGUCUUUGCACCCUGUGACCUGGCAGCCAUCUAAAGAUGGAGAUCGUUUAAUUGGUCGCAUUUUAUUAAAUAAGCGUCUAAAAGAUGGAAGUGUACCUCGAGAUUCAGGAGCAAUGCUUGGUUUGAAGGUUGUAGGAGGAAAGAUGACUGAAUCAGGUCGGCUUUGUGCAUUUAUUACCAAAGUGAAAAAAGGAAGUUUAGCUGAUACUGUAGGACAUCUCAGACCAGGUGAUGAAGUAUUAGAAUGGAAUGGAAGGCUAUUGCAAGGAGCCACUUUUGAGGAAGUAUACAACAUUAUUUUGGAAUCCAAACCUGAACCACAAGUGGAGCUUGUUGUUUCAAGGCCUAUUGGAGAUAUACCUAGAAUACCUGAUAGCACACACGCACAACUGGAGUCUAGUUCUAGCUCAUUCGAAUCUCAAAAAAUGGAUCGUCCUUCUAUUUCCGUUACCUCGCCUAUGAGUCCUGGCAUGUUGAGGGAUGUUCCACAGUUCUUAUCUGGACAACUUUCAAUCAAACUAUGGUUUGACAAGGUUGGUCACCAAUUAAUAGUUACAAUUUUGGGAGCAAAGGAUCUUCCUUCUAGGGAAGAUGGGAGGCCAAGGAACCCUUAUGUUAAAAUUUACUUUCUUCCAGACAGAAGUGAUAAAAACAAGAGAAGAACUAAAACAGUAAAGAAAACAUUGGAACCCAAAUGGAACCAAACAUUCAUUUAUUCUCCGGUCCACCGAAGAGAAUUUCGGGAACGAAUGCUGGAGAUUACCCUUUGGGAUCAAGCUAGAGUUCGAGAGGAAGAAAGUGAAUUCUUAGGAGAGAUUUUAAUUGAAUUAGAAACAGCAUUAUUAGAUGAUGAGCCACAUUGGUAUAAACUUCAGACCCAUGAUGUCUCUUCAUUGCCACUCCCCCACCCUUCUCCAUAUAUGCCACGAAGACAUCUCCAUGGAGAGAGCCCAACACGGAGAUUGCAAAGGUCAAAGAGAAUAAGUGAUAGUGAAGUCUCUGACUAUGACUGUGAUGAUGGAAUUGGUGUAGUAUCAGAUUAUCGACACAAUGGUCGAGAUCUUCAAAGCUCAACAUUAUCAGUGCCAGAACAAGUAAUGUCAUCAAACCAUUGCUCACCAUCAGGGUCUCCCCAUCGAGUAGAUGUUAUAGGAAGGACUAGAUCAUGGUCACCCAGUGUCCCUCCUCCACAAAGUCGGAAUGUGGAACAGGGACUUCGAGGGACACGCUCUACUACUGGACAUUAUAAUACAAUUAGCCGAAUGGAUAGACAUCGUGUUGUGGAUGAUUAUUCUCCAGAUAGAGACAG